AAAUCCCUUCAUUUGACAAACUUCACCUCUGAAGAUGCAGGCCUUAGCCGUGCCCCUGCAGGGCCUCAUCACUACGGUCAAGGACAACGCCAACGCCAUGGUUUUUAGCGUGCUUAUUUUUUCCUAUCAAGCUCUCGAGAAUGAGUUUCCAUGCUCUUGUAAACCAGAGCCUGGUUACUGCAGUUUAUACAUGACUGCUCCGUGUCUUGUCGUGACCGUGUUGAUGCUGUCGACGGACGUGCAGUUUCAGAGAGCGUGGAGAUACACAUGUUCGAAGGGAUCGUGUCAUUUCAGUGGCGUGUUGUUCCGUCGCCUGGUCAAGGCGUUGUGCGUGGGUCUGCUCUGGGUUGUGUCGGUGCUAAUCGAUGCCGAGUGGUUUGUUUGCUGUUGUAAUCCCAAUCCCAAGACGGUGGCAGAUUUACAAUGCAAAGCCAAGACUGACAUCACAAAUCCAUUUGUUGUGACCAUCAAUGACAUGAAACUGAAUUCAAUGAUGUAUGGCCUGGCUUUGCUCUUGGGUAUAAGUUUUGUUGGUGCCUUCUUGCUGUCGACCUGGACGAUCUGCGCCGAGGAAAGCUGCUGUCCGACAUGUUGCAAGAGAAACAUUCAAGUGCAUGAGCUGAUGUUGGAAGUUGGGGAAAAUGUAUCAGAAAUUAUGAAAAAAAAGCAAAAAGAGUGGUUGUCUGGUAAAGUGGACGAGCACAUCGAAAAGAAACAGUGGGUCAAAUGUUUUGAUGUUGUUGGAGACUUCAUUCAUGAAGACACACUGGGAGUCAAGGUUGUUUGGGUUGUUUUAUCAACCGCAGGACCGACCUGCGAAGCAGACACAGACAGAAGACCGACCCGUGGAUAAUCCAGGAGAACCAGCCAGUAGCAGCAGUUAGGUGCCUUGCUCAAGAGCAUCUUGGCAGUGACCAGGAAGUGAACUGGCACCUCUCCAGCUACCAGUCCACCACCAUACUUUGGUCUGUAUGGGGACUUGAACCAGCAACCCUCCGGUUCCCAACCCAACUCCCUCCCUGAAUGAGCUACUGCCACCCCACCAAAAAAAUGUCAUAAUCGUUUUGCUUGAUUUCCUAACUCUAAGAUGGAUAAGAAACUUUUUUUCCUGUCUUGUUAAGGCUUCAUGUCGACCAACUGUAAGUGAGAAAGCUAUAUGAGACAUACAGUAAUAUACAGUCAAAGAUAUUUUACAUUUUUGGAAUAAAAGCUUGUCAAACUCUCCAUGUCUGGUCCUGGAUGUGAGUCUUAUUUUCCAGUCGGUCCCGUAGUGAAGUUCUGUUUCAUUUAUUUGAUUAGGACAAUGCACAUUAAUU